CACAAGUCCCGCGUUCAGCUGUUUUUCUAUCGAAAUUGUUUCACCUUUUGGUGCCAAUAAAUUAGGCCAAAACUAGCACGUGCUUACACCAAGGGUUGAUAGCUCAAUAGGAAAAAUGCAAAGUUUAAUCCGGACACCGCAUCUAAUAGCGCCAACGAUUGCAGUGGUGAUGCUGUUGCUGCUGAUACCAACCUCGUCGGAAGUGGAAAUCGAUUGCAACAAUUUACGGAUGGGACAGUACAUCUGUCCCGACCCGACGCUUCGUCAAAUUGAUCCCAAAACACAACAGCUUCGCGGAUGUACCCAGGAAAACAAGGCACGCGUGUGGUGCGUCGCCGUGGACGGUAUAGUGUGCAGUGAGACGAAAAACACAAGCUUCACACGGGAGAUGCCAUGCAAAUGGACCAACGGAUAUCACUUCGACACGGCGCUUUUACUAUCCGUCUUUCUAGGCAUGUUUGGUGCAGAUCGGUUCUAUCUCGGAUAUCCGGCACUCGGGCUGUUAAAAUUCUGCACCCUCGGUUUUAUGUUUCUGGGGCAGCUGGUGGACGUGAUACUGAUAGCAACGCAAGUCGUUGGACCAGCUGAUGGAUCGGCAUACAUCAUACCAUACUACGGACCGGUCAUUACGGUCGUGCGAAGUGAUAACUGGACAUACCGGCUACCGCAGGAUAACUGGUGAUUGCUGGCCAACAUCUUUCGGAUACCACGAUGGCCCCAAGCGGAAAAUUAAGCUGCGAAUGACGCUUGCCUUAUCGGAAUGGGUGCAACGAUAGGAAUGGAUGAUGAGUUGAAUGAUCUCCUUCACGAGAAAAAGAAGACCACCCACGAAGUGACGUCCCUUGUUUGCUCCAACAGCGAAAGGUGCAAAAUGUGAUACGAUAGCGGUAGUGAUGUAAGUCAUUUUUUCUAGUACAGAAUAGAGAUGCCAAUAAAAUAUAGUUAAAGAGA